AUGUCGACUGCUUCGCUAUCUGUUGUGCAGUAUGGUCGUCGGAAAGGCUCCAGCAAAGAAGUGAUGAAAACAGUAGAAGAAUCAUCUCAGCCAAUUCAGCUGCCAGACCUUCGACAAGUGACGGUUUUACCAAGAGCAGAAUGGCUUCGUAUUCAAGAUAACUUGAAAAAAGUAAAUCAGUACAACGAGAGUCUCAUUGAGGCGUCAAAGCGACGAGAAGCCUUACACUUGCGCUCCAAAGAAGUGGUGAAAAACUGGUCCAAUACUAUAGCUGGACAAAGACAAAGAAAGCUGAAGGCCAAGAAAAUUCGGGAGGAGAUUGAGGAGGAGCAGAGGAAACAAAUUGACAUUGAAGAGGCCGAAUACCAGGAGCAGAGGAGAAAAAAAGCCAUUGAGAAAGCCAGGGCUCAACUGUACUACCAGACUGAUAUAGUGAAAGGAUUCAAUAGUGCUUUGCUGUUGACAGAGGUUCUGAAGGAAAGGGAGGCUCAAAUUGAGCUCAAACAGAAGAUUAAAAAAGCCAGUAAAGAUGUGGAUAAAGAAAUAAUGGAAACACUUGCACAUAAGGAGGAGGAAAGCCUGAAGCAGGAGCAGGAGAAGGCUCUGCAGAGGAGAAAGGAGCGUGAGGCUCUCAGUGAAAGUCUAAAACAACAGAUUAAAGAACACCAGCUGGCAACAGAGCGGGAGAAGAUGGAAGAGGCGAAAGAGGCAGAGGAACUGAAGCGACUCAGGGAGCUUCACCUGUUGGAGCAAUCCAUGCGGGAGCAGAGGAGGCAGGAGGAGAAGAGGAACAUGAUGAGGGCUCACAGUGAACAUCUUGCCAACAGAGACAUAAUUAGAGCGAUCGAGGCCCAAAAGCAAGAGGUGGAGGAAGAGAGGCGGAGGCUCUUUGUGCAAGCGAAAGAUAAAAUGAUGAAGCUUAGGAAGGAAAAAGAGGCAGAAAUCUUCAGGGAGGUGCAAAAGCACAGGGAGGCCAUCACUGAUAAGCUGGCUGGGCAGCAACAGGAGCAGGCCUCCAACGAGGAGGAGCUCAUCGCCCGCGCAGUGGCUGAACGUGACGCCAGACUAGCGCGAAAACAACAGCAGGAAGACAAGAAACAAGCAGAAAUGCUGAAGUCCAUUACUGAUCACAGAAAAGCUACGGAUGAACAACGGAAGCAAAAGGAACAAGAGGAGAAACAGAAGUCUCUGGAGAUGCUUCUCAGCAAGAAAGAGGCUGAUCGGGUGUUCCUGGAAAAACAGCAGCAAAAAGCUCAAAAAAUGAGAGAGAUGGGGAAAGUACUGCAAGACAUGUACAUUCAUCAAAUGGCUGAAAAACAAGCCCGUACUCAACGUGUCCAUAAAGAACAUCAGGAGUUUGAGGCGAAGAACGCUCAGCUUGUUAUCGAAGACAUGAAUCAGUUCCAGGAAUACGCCAAACAUCUGAUCGACGCAGCCGCACGGGCAGGAAGAAACACCUUCCCCUUACGAAAGGCGGCCCGAAUGGGAAUAGGCGGGGGUCUCGGCCCCGUUUUUGGCGGCGUGAGACCAAGUUACCUGGUUCAGGAUGAAUCUGGCGUUCAAAUGCCCAGUUACAUUGGUGGUACCACUCAGAGUAUAAAGGAACUGAAUGAGACUGCUGACAUUCAAAAGUCUAAAAAAAGACUAGGGUUUAACUGGUCAUCAGGAUCUCCUGCAAAAUAA